GAAAGAGACAGGGAGCUCCGAAGUCCCAACGGUUUUUCUCAGAGCUUCUAAACACACACGUCCGUUGCCCACACGCACAAACUUCACAACUUCAAGCGUUUUAGAGAGAGAAAGUGAGGGAGAGGGUUUGAGUAAUUGGCGAAUUCUGGUUUAGGGUGCAGCAGCAGCAGCAGACAUGGAGAGCAAAGUGGAUGAAGUUUCUGUUGAGCUCUCAGCUCCUCCUGCUUGGAAGAAGAAGUUUUGUCCCAAGAAGGGAGGCACACCAUGGAAAAAUGAAAUCAUAUUCAUUUCUCCAACAGGAGAGGAGAUUAAUAAUAAAAAACAAUUGGAGCAAUACCUAAAAGAACAUCCUGGUAACCCUGCAAUAUCAGAGUUUGAUUGGAGCACUGGUGAAACCCCUAGGAGAUCAGCUAGGAUCAGUGAAAAGGUCAAGAUGGCUCCAUCACCAGAGAGUGAGCCUCCGAAAAAGAGAGGCCAAAAAUCAUCAGGUUCAAAGGACAAAGUGGAAGCUGCUGGAGGAGAAGCUGAUGCUACAAAUGAAAUUCAAAUGAAAGAUGCAGAAGUAGAUGAGAAGAAAGAUGGAGGAAAAACUGAGGAAGAAACUGACCAGACUAAACCAGAGGAUGGUAAUGAUAAGACCCCGACUGAUGCUAAGGAAACUCUAGGUGAGGAGACAAAGGAAGAUGUAGUAGAGGAAAACCCCAGAGAGGAAGCAGCUAAAAACAACAAAGAAGAUGUACCACAAGCUGAGGGAGAACAAGCAAAUGGAACUAAUGACAACAAACAGGAUGACACAGCUACUGUGACUGUUGAAGCAAAUGGGGCAGCAGAGAAAGAGAAUCUGUAUGGAGCCGCACCUCCUAUGGACGGAGAGAUCAAAAUGAAACACGAUGCAGCAGAGAAUGAUGGGAAAUGCAAUGCUCAAGCUGAAGAAAAAAUCAAGCCCAAGGACGGGGAGGUUGUUGAAAAUGGUAAGGUUGAGCAAGGGGCGCAAGCUGAUGCCCCACAACAAUUGAGCAGCUGAACAUACUCUACCACCUUUCUUGUGAGCUGUUGAAUGUUAUGUACUACCAUUUAUCGCAGUUGGGAUUCUGUUAGAUCCAUUGAACUUUGUUUUGCCCCCUUUGUUCCAAAGACUCCAGGAGUUAUGGAUGAUUGUGAUGUUAAUAUUGUAAUGUGAGACUUAACUGUAUCUAGGGAACCUACCGGUCUGGUAGAAUAGGUUGUACUUGUAGAUUCUGCAACUAUGGUUAUGGAGUAGCUUAGAUUGUAGAACGUAAGAGGUCCAUAUUGGACCGGUUGCUUUUUAUUCGUCGUAGAUGGUGACUUGGUACAUUUUGUUUUUUAAUUUGUUACUUUAGUAAUGUGACUAAAGUUUUAUUCAUCU